AUGAACGCCAGCACCUCUUUACCAAUGACCGAGAUCGAGGAACAACGAACGAGCGGUCCAGACCCCAAGAGAAGCGUGCCCGAGACCAUCGAUUAUUCCUCGAUUCCUGUUCCAAAUUACUUUCCGCCCCCUCCAAAACACCCUAAAAAGUCGCAACUAGCUUCAGAAUCUCAGGGAGAGCAAAGUCGAAUGCGUUCCAUGGAUGUCGAUCGUCCCGCUUCGGGGAACACCUCAGCAAACCAAGGUCUUGAUCUUGCAGCGACUAAGGGUCCCUUACCGAGCAUCCUUUUCGCAAUCCCUUUUCCAGAACCCGCGCCUCAUGUUCAGCGCACCAAAAAGACACCUCUUUUCUUACUAUACUCUUUUCCUCGAGCGGGGUAUCAAAAGCCUCCAGUCGGUCCAGAUGGGAAGCGCGGCAAAGAAGGGCUUAUCAAAAAGGUAGAGCGCAAGUGGCAGGAGGAAGUCCAAGAGGGAGCCGACAUCAAGAAAGGCAAACUCAAAGAGCCAUCUGGUUGGCAAAGAUUCAAGGGAGGUGCUACUAGGACUGCGACGAGACUCAUCAAGUGGUUACCUGACAGCAACAUUGAAACUCUUGGUCGUCUUCCACCUGGAAAGAAGAUUGGAUACGUCACUAUCGUCUACCCUCAUGAAAUAGACGAAGUUCGCCGUGAUGCACCGCCUCGUACCGCAGAGGAAAUCAAAGAUGGACUCGACAAGAUUCUCAACAUGACGCGAAAGCGGGCUGUCGUGAAGACCACAAUUUCUGCCUUCUUGUUACCAGUCACAGCUGCUAUCGAUUUCUUCUGUAUUGUGCCCUUAUUUCUAUUCGAGAUCAACCUUGUGUACUUUACCUUACAAGUCAAUGGUGCUCGUAAGGUUGGCACGCUUGCUCGCGCCAAUAAUCGGGGAAACAAGCCGGUGAAGGCAAAAAAGAAAAAACAGAGUUUGAAGAACCGAUUCAGACGUCGAAAAGCUCAACCAGAGGUACCGCAAGACUUCCCCGUCACUGAAGAGACUCAAGAGACCCAAGAGGUCACCGAGGUCACUGAGGAUGCUACCGCGAUGGCUACAUCCGGUCAAGACCGCGAAGAAACCUCUGUGAACAUCUUCAAUGUUCAAAAAUCCCGUCCGAAUGUCUUUCAGCCUAUCUUGGCUCAUCUUUAUUCGGUUUGCUCCCAACUUGAUCGCUCUUCAUUCCCUGCCAAGCCUCAAUCGGACCAUUAUCAGACCCCAUCCUAUAUACCCACACCAGCCAUGAUAUCUGAACUCAUCCGUUCUUUCCGGGAAUGGGUUCCCGAAGACGUUGCUUUACGUCAUGACCUUGAUGAAAAUGUGGUGGCUGAGGAUCUUGGAAGAUGUUUGAAAAAGGCUAGCAAAGAGUAUAUCAAGUCUCUCAAAGGCAGAACUGGUAAAAAGUUCUCCAUGUGAUCACUCUCAUUUCACUCAUUAUGUUUGCUUUUUAUUCCAUUCAUGU